AUGCAUGGAGACUGGUCCAGGAGAGUUAUGCACACUGCACCCACUGUGGUGCAGAAAUGGGAGGAGGAGCAGGUGGAGGCAGAAGAGGUGAGGCAAUUCCAGGUCAUAGGACCAAGAGCACCAGUCAUUGCCUUUGUUGGGGAAGAGGUUGUGGUUUCCUAUCAUCUCAACCCAUCAAUAGAUGCUCAGAACAUGGAAGUGAGAUGGUACCGAAAUGAUCCUUCAGGCCUGGUGCAUUAUUAUGGGACUUCCCAGGAUCAUAUGGACCAGCAAAUGCCAGAGUAUCGAGGGAGGACCAAGUUCCUGAAGGGGAAUAUUACCAAAGGGCUUGUUGCCCUAAGGAUCCAUCACAUCAGACCUUCAGAUGAAGGGGAGUAUGUGUGUUUCUUUGAAAGCUCUACAUUCUACAAUAAAGCACAGUUCAAAGUGUUGGUCACAGGUUCACUCAAGAAGAAGCAUGGUAAACUCCGGAAAGAAUAUGGAAAGCUUCAUGAAGAACUUGGGUUGAAAUAUGCUCGACGCUAUGCAGCCAAGACUGACAACAUGUUCUUCUAUAGAAAAUGUUACCCUGGAUCCAGACACAGUAACCCAUAUCUCCAAAUUACUGAUGACAACAAAAGUGUGAAAGGAGGUGAUACCUUUCAGGAACUACCCAAAAAAAGACAGCGGUUUGAUAACCUGGUCUGUGUAUUAGGUCAGCAAAUUUUUUCCAAAGGUAAACACUACUGGGAAGUGAGUGUGAAAAAUAAAAUAAAAUGGACUUUAAGCAUUUGUAAGGAUUCUGUCUGCAGACAGGGAGAAAUCAUGGUGUCCUCUGAGACUGGGUUCUGGACAAUAGGCUUGAAUAGAAACAAUGACUAUCAAGCUCUUUUAAACCCACAGAAAACACUCCACCUCGAGGAAUCUCCUGAGACUAUUGGUAUCUUCCUGGACUAUGAGGCUGGAAGAGUGUCGUUUUAUAAUGUGACCAAUCUUUCUCACAUCUACACCUAUAGAAACUGCUUCACAGGUUCUCUGAGGCCAUACUUUUAUCCUGGCCCCCUCUACAAUGGUCAAAAUGAACACCCUCUCACCAUCCUGCCCUUAGGUCAUAUUAGAAAAGCCAUAGGAAGAAGACGUUCUAUGUGACUGAGCAAAAA